UCUCCGAUCAUGAAUGCUCCAGAGUCCAGACUGCUCUCACAUCUCUUGUGGUGUGACUGCCAGGAUUGAUACUGCAGCAGAAGCCAAAGAUGACUGUAGGUUGAGUCAGGAGUUAAUCAAUAACCCUCACCUUGCUGCGCGGGCACGGAGGUGUGCGGUAGCACCAGUCGGCGUUUCUCUGUGUUGCGGCUCAACUAUAGAAGCGGGUAUAUUUAAGCGGGGAUCGAUCGAUCUUCUGGGUUAACCACAUCGGCUUUGACAACCGACAGAUUGCUCAGACGGUUAACCAUGCGAAUCGCUAUCGCAGGCACCAGUGGUCUGGGGCAACUUAUCGCUCACUAUAUCCGACAAGAUACCAGUCAUCAGCUCGUUUUCAUCUCUCGAACUCCUCAGCCAGCACUAGUAGCUAGUGGAUAUCAAGUCCAGCCAGUGAACUAUGCCGACCCCUCAACAUUAGCCCACGCAUUAGCAGGAAUCGACGUCGUUAUUUCAACUGUCAGCGGCACAUCCCAGCUCGCUCUCAUCAAAGCUGCAGUUUCAAGCGGAGUCCGUCGGUUCGCCCCUGCUGAGUUUGAAGGAUGUCCAUCCUUAAGGACAGCUAAUGAUCCAUUGGAUCGCGGUCGAGCAUCUGCCCUCGCAUAUAUCCAGCACUACAAGCCAUAUUUCGAAGCGACAACUGUCUUCGUAUGUGGUGUCUUGUAUGAGCGAUUCCAGCAGGGUGGAUUAGCGGCCAGUUGCUUGGGUAGCUCGACUGGCGUCGCAGAGGAAGGCGAUUAUAUGAUGAAUCUCCGAUACAUGACAGCUCAAGUGCCAGCCUUUGGCUCCGCAAAUCAACUGUCUCAUGUGUGUAUGACAGCGGCACAGGACGUUGGUCGGCUGGUCGUUGCCGCUCUCGAUAUGCCAUCCUGGCCACCAGAGCUGAGGAUGCAUGGAGAAAGACUUAAGGUGUAUGAUCUGAUCACUAUUGCAAGGCAAACUCGCAGGAGAGACUUCUACACGGAGCCUGCAAUCGAGAGUACACAAACGCUCAAAUACCAGGAAGCGGUCGCAUCUACUGAAGUAGAAAAGCUGAGGUUGCAGAACCUCAUUGCUACUGCUGAGGGACAGCACGAUUUCAGCGACCCCAAUCUCAAUCAGUACUUUCCUCAAAUCCGAAUGAUCAAGUUUCAGGACUGGCUUGCAGCCAACUGGGUAAAUGUACUUUGAGUUACGCCCGCGUGCUAUGAGG